AGUUGUUUAAAUACAAUCAUCUUCAUUAGAUAACUAGGAACAUGAACAUUAACUUGGAAGUUUUAAAGAGAUUUAUAAUAGAUUGAAAUUUUAGGAACAUGAAAUACAUAUUGAGCCUGUCCAUUUAUAAGUAUGUAAAGUAUUUGAAAGACAUUGUGUAGCAUUCAAACUAUUUGAAUCAGUUAAAUUUUAGCAUUUUCCACUUCUCCAAACACAAGGUUAAACAUCCUUUGUGUACAAAUUUGGAAUUGUGUACAUACAAUUAUUACUAUUUUAAAUAGAUGAACAAGUUAAUGACUAACAUCUUCCUUGAGUCCAAAUGCAGGAGUAAGCAAAUCUUGAACAUUGUACUUAUGAACCCAGAUAUCCACAUGAUUAAAUUUGAGAACAUUGAUUACCUGACCAUUAACAAUAUCCUAACUAAGAUUAGCAGCUUGAUGCUGUAGAAAAGUUGCUACAGAUGUUUGCUGUCAAAGCAUAACAUUAUUUGGUGUUCUAAUUAAAAAAAGGGCAAUUUAAUGAACUGCUAAGACAUUACUAUUUAGUUUGGGCAGUAGGACAAUUUUGGAAAUUUUAACAACUAUUCUGUUACCAAAUGCAGGAAGGAUUUUCUAUGCAAGUUAGUUAAUCAAUUAUCAUAUCACAAUUUAAUGUAUUACAUUAGUCAUUUAUCCAAAAACAAUAAUCUGAUUAAAAGCAUUAUUCUUAUAGGUAACUUGAACACUGACAUUCAUUAUUGGGUUGUUAUUAAUUAAUUAUGUCAAGAUAAGGUAUUUUGUACGUACAUGAAAUACAUAAUCCAAUAUUAUUCG